AAAUUAAUGGUGAUUACAACAAAAUAAGAAAGAUGGAGAAGCAAAAUGUGAAGGAGACAAAGCAAACAAACGAAUCAGGUAAAGGAAACAUUGAAGGGCUCCCGUUAGAGGACAGUCCCUACCUAAAAUACGAUGAUUUAGAGGAUUAUAAGCUACAGGGUUAUGGUACACAAGGUCACCAACAACCUAAGCCAGGUCGUGGAGCUGGUGCUACAGAGGCACCCACUCUUUCGGGUGCUAAUGUUUCCUCUGAGGCCCAAUUCAAUGUUGCUAAUGCUGUUAAUCGCAAAGGGGUCCCUUAAUUGAUGUGUUAUGAUAAGAAUUUGUUUCUUAGUUUUGUUUUUUAUUUGUAAUUAUCUUCGUGUGUUUUUAGAUUAUUGUUACACCUUUUAUAUUUCAUUUAGCUUCUUGAUAGAUCUAUUAGAAAUAAUAGUAGUUGUUAGAAAAAUAAUAGUAGGAAGUUGAUGCGAAGAUUGUGAGGGGAAUAAUUAUGUGAUAAAUAAAGGAUCACACUCUUUCAUCUGUU